AUAGAUGACUGCUCUCUCGCUCUGUGUCACUGAGUUGUUCACUGUAGGGUAUAGAGAGACUUCAUACUAAAAUAUAAGCACUGGCACUUAGGUUAUACCAAAACCUCGGGUCAACCUUUUGCUGAUCCAUGGAGAAGAUGGCAUCUCCUCUCUAGGUUUCCUUUAGUGUACACAUAGUCUGGGUCACCCAGGGUCCAAAUGGAAAGGAUGGCUAUGACAUUGGAAAAGUUCACCCGCUCUCUUGAUGCCAAGUCUCUCCCUAGAGUACUGCAGAUACAAUCUGGAUAUUAUUUUCAAGGUUCUGUGUAUGAGCUGUUUGGAAGAGAGUGGAGUUUCUCCUAUGGAGAGCUCCUGAAGAUCAUUGGGAUCAGUGUCACCAGACUCAUUGUGGAACUUCAGUCUGAGGGUUCCAAAUCUAUGACAGUAGAUCUAUCUCUCGACUAUCCAGGCCUUUUCAGGAUCGUGGCCGACAAGAGGCCAUACGCCAGUAUACAGGAGAUUGUUGACUCAGUGUGUAUCAGCCCUGAGUGCCUGGGCCAGCCAGAGUUCCGCUGCCCUGAGGAACUACAGCUGGCUGAGGGGACCAUCCAGGCUGAGGAGAGCUUCAGAAUCACUGCUCUUAGGACGAAGCACGGAGACAGCCAUGUUGACUGUGAGGUCACGCGGAAAGACUCCAAGCACAUCUUCACUGUGAAGCUCUCGCACACUGGGGAGUUCUAUGAGUGUGCCGACGACCAGUUCUACACCCUCAGGGAGCUGGUGGAAUGGAAAAUGCCCAAAGGAAGGAAAAGGACAGUGACUUGGGCCAAGUCUUUGCCAUCAAAGGAGAAGUGUGUGUCUUUGUUGCCAGAGGACUACAGUGGAGAUCUGGUUCUCACACCUGUCUAUGAGCUCCAGACUGUGUCCAAGUUUGGGAAGAACGUUGUUUUCAUCCCAUCUACCCUUGACGUUGAGGUGUUGGACGUAACCGAGGAGAGUGACGGUGCCUGUUUCAUGCAGCCUCUGUCACUCCGUGAUGUCUUUGCCAAGCCGAGCGAGGUCUUCCCCUUCAGGGCUGAGAUCAUAGAGCCACCAUCACAAGUUCAGGAGGAAUUGGGUUUCCUGAUGUCCUCUAAGCAAGUCAUUGUCCACAGUGCCUACCAGACCAAGAGGAUCCUAGCGUCUGAGAUCCGCAGUGAGGCCCAAAGACGCUUCCUCAUUCCAAUGUCUUACAACGGCAGGUUCAAGCGCAGGCCCCGGAUGUUCCCCACAGCAUAUGACCUAGAGGUAGCCAAGAGUGACAUGGAGCAGCUCCACGUGGUGGCUACCAGGGCCUUUGAGGCCGACUACGAGGGGCUGUCCUCUGUACUGGUGGGAGACCAGUACCUGGUCCACAAAAGGGAGACCAGCGAGGUGAUCUAUGGUGGCAGGAGAAAGACGGUGGAGGCCCUGGCCUGUGAGAAGAUGGUGGGGAAGAAGUACAAGGCCGUGCUGAUCCCCAUGUGUCUGGAUGGCGGCUUUGUGGAGGUGGUCCACGACAAGAAGCAGUACAUUCUCUCGGAGGUCUGCCACAAGUUCUCCCUGCCCUUCAACGUCAAGGUGUCUAUGAGGGACCUCUCAGUGAUGGAGGACCUCCUGGCUGGGGCCACAGGGCUGCAGCUGGAGGAGGAGAUCACUGACCCCUACCUUCUUGUCUCCACCCCGGACCUGGCCCAGUGCUGGGAGGUGCCUGUCAACCGCAUCAACAUGACCCUGCAGCUCCUGCAGCAGUGGAGCGGCCCAGAGCUGACCCAGGGCAUGGCUGUCUGCUCGGCUGUGGAGGAGAUAGGAGAGGACUGCUAUUUUACCUUGAGGAGGUACGUCAAUGCCAGUGUGCUGCCUCCCCCUCGACCACCCAAGAGACAUCAACAGCCCUUAGAAGACACAUUGAAACUGCAGCCUCCCAGACCAAAGAAGCCAGAGCCCCCCUCUCCAAAGAGCCCACAUACAGCCAAACCAGCCAUGCCUAGCCCUAGUUCGUCUGAUUGUGCAGAACAGAACACCUCUAUACCAAGAAAUGAAACGUCCCUCACAAGUCUGGUUGCAGUGCCUAAACCAGGCCCACAAAAAGCCAUUGUUGAAGAAAACGGUCCUCACAACAAUACAAUUGAACAGGAUGAUGACUACACUCAUGAUUAUGAAUACAUUGAUGAGGAUGAACUUGACAGCAUCAGGAGAAAAUUGAAUGACCAAAGUAUUCACAUAACAGACAAGAGGAAAUCAGAAGAAAUUGCCAUGCAGACUGCAAAACAGGUUUAGUAUAGAAGUGAAUGAUUGGUUUUGAUGACUAUCUAAUACAUAUCUAACCCAAGCUCAAAGUCUACCCCCAUAUUGUUUGUGUAAAGAUCAAUACAAAUGUUGCCAUGUGAUAUAUGCUGUACAGUGCCUUCAGAAAGUAUUCACACUUUUUCCACAUUUUGUUGUGUUACUAAGUGGUAUUAAAAUGCAUUUCAUUGUCACUUUUUUUGUCAACGAUCUACACAAAAUACUCUGUAAUGUAAAAAUGGAAGAAAAAUUCUAACAUUUGUAAAUGAUUCAUGAAAAAUAAAACACUAAUAUUUCUUGAUUAGAUAAGUA